AUGGCGGCCCCCAUGGCCCAAGUCGGGCACAUGAUGUGUAGCAAAACCCUACGUUGUUUUCGGCGUUUUUCCAGCGGCAAAGGGGUCAAACGAAAAAUUCAGAAAUCAUCAUCCAAAGUGCAGAGACCAAUUGAUGAAAUCAUACAGAAUAUUACCAGCCCUCGCCCUGUAUCCUUCCAGCAGAUGUAUCAUCUUCGUCGUCAGGAAGCUCACCGGAGUAUCCUUGUGCAGAUCCCGUCCAAGAAACACAUCAGUUCUGUAUACAACCAAGUAAAACCUUUAGGAAAAGUGAUGAAUAUAUUCCAUUUUUCUCAUAUUCGGGACUAUGCCCUGAUUGAGUUAGAAAGCAGAGCUGCUGUACAGCGUGUCCUAAGAUCAGCUUCUCACUUCUCCAAUGAUGAGAAGAUUCCUGUGGAGUCUAGAGUUUUACUGCUGACAGGAGGCUUCGAGUCGGUUGGAAAACAGACGAUCCCGUUACCUGUUCAGUCUGACCCUAAGGAGAAAUUUGAGAUCUCAGACUGCUACAAUGCCACUGGGUUAUCACAUCAGAUAGAGAUCCUGUAUCACAGAAAUCAUCUCACAGAUCUGGGAUGUCGUCUGAGGUUCUUUGUCUGCUCAAAGCUAGAGGACAUGUUGUCUGGUCUUUUUCCCCAUUGUGCUGUCCUACCUUUUGGCUCAACAGUGAAUGGGUUUGGAAAACAUGACUGUGACCUUGAUAUGACCUUGUCUCUCCUCCAGUCAGAGCACCAGGUGGGAAAAAAUCCAAACCUUAAAUUUAUGACAAAGAAGAGGACAGAUAAUGAGCGAGGCUUUACUCAGAGGAGUUUACAGACAGUUGCUGAUAUCAUUGAGCAGUUUGUUCCUCUGUGUUUGGGUGUUCACAGAAUCCUUAAUGCCAGAGUUCCUAUCAUCAAGUUCAGAAAUGAUGCUUGCAAUAUUGAGUGUGAUCUCUCCUUCAGCCAUAUAUCUGGUCACCGUAUGUCAGAAGUCCUGUGGGUGCUGAGUGAGUUGGACCCUCGUGUCGCCCCUCUGGUCUUUUGUGUCAGACACUGGGCACGGGUUAACGAGGUGAAUCGUAAACACCCCGGCCCGUGGGUGUCCAAUUUCAUGCUGACAGCUCUUGUGGUGUUCUUCUUACAGAGCCACCCCCAGCCUGUCAUACCCAAACUACGCACACUGUAUCAUCCAGUCAAUCCACAUGAUGAUUUUAGUGCACCAUUCAUGUCAGAUUAUACCAAAGUGCCAAAAACCAAAAAUACAGAUGAUUUAGGUGAACUGCUGAAGGGUUUUUUUGCCUUUUACUCAUCGUUUGAUUUUCAAUCACGGGGCAUGUCUGUGAUAGAAGGGACGACGUUCAGUAAGCCGGAUUUCUCACCUGUCUACCUAGAAAACCCUCUGGAUGUUAACCUAAAUGUCUGCAAGAACAUCAAUAUUCCUGAGUUUGAGAGACUGAAGAAGGCUUUUGAGACAGCCCUCUGGAACUUGGAGACAAAUGGGGAGAAGAAACAGCGGGCUUGGGGGUUAAUGAGUAUUCUGCUGCCAAAUGGCAAUGGGAAUAAUGGUAAACUGCAUGUUCAUGUCGGUGACUUGUUCUCACAGAGAUCAGAAUCUGGCAAUCAAGAUGGUAACCAGGACGGUAACGUAGAUGAUCACCAGGUUGAUAACCAGGGUGGUAACCAGGACGGUAACCAGGACAAUGUCAGUGAUAUGAGGACUAAAGCAGAGCCAUCACAUUGAUGAUUUCAACAUCAUAACACAGGACAAAAUUCUCACAUGUGAAAGUGACAGUGCUAUUUUAUGCAUAUCAAUUAAAAGGAAGUGUGUUUAUAAUUGCAAAGGUAUUGUAUUUUGUCUCUUGGCAUAUAAGUAGUUAGAUACAUAGUUACGGCUGUACCUCUUCUGCCUAAAAUCCAUUAGUCCAGUGCAGUAUUAGUGUUGUACUGAACAAACAGAGGAAGGAGCAGGGCAAAUUAGACCUUAAUUUACAGCAUUCAGUACAUAAUGCAUAUACAACUGUAUAUGGGUUACCAGCACAAUGGCAUGUAAGAUACAUGGACAAUGACAUGGAGAGGCUAAGGUACUUGGACAUUUCCUGUACAGCUACAGUGUUUGGGCCAGAAAGUAGAGAUAAAUAUAUUUAUUUAUUUAUUUAUUUGACUGGUGUUUUAUGCCUUACUCAAGAAUAUUUCACUUAUACGACGGCGGCCAGCAUUAUGGUGGGAGGGAACCAGGCAGUGCACGGCAGAAACCCACGACCAUCUGCAGGUUGCUGCCAGACCUUCCCACUUACACCUGGAGAGGAAACCAGCAUGAACUGGUCUUGAACUCACUGGGACUGCAUUCUUGAGAGGCUCCUGGGUCAUUACGCUUCGCUAGCGCGCUAACUAACUGAGCCACGGAGGCCCUCAGAUAAAUAU